AUGCGCAUCCUCCAGACUAACCUGGGAAGGUCAAGGCGAGCACAAGACCUGCUCUACCAAACCAUCCGGGAGAGCACGGUCGCCCUAGCGGUGGUGGCGGAACCAUACAGAGUUCCGAAUGCCCCGGAGUGGGUCGGAGACACGGAUGGAAUGGUUGCCGUCAGCUGGACAUCAACGCCCGGGGCGUUCGCCCACGGAGCCCUGCUGGAACGCGGCAACGGGUACGCCGCGGUCGAGUGGGCAGGGAUGAUGGUGGUGGGGGUGUACGUGUCACCUAACAGCGGACGGGCAGCGUUCGAGGAAUUCCUAGACGGAGUUGGCGACUGCGUCAGGCGACAACUCCUCCGACAAGUGCUCGUCCUGGGAGACUUCAACGCGCACUCCACGGAAUGGGGGAACGCCAGAACCAACGCGCGCGGCCGCACGCUAUCAAACUGGGCCGCGGGACUUGGACUUCUGUUGGUGAACAGGGGCUCGACCAGUACCUGCGUGACCUGCAGAGGGAGCUCCAUUGUUGACAUAACAUGGGCCUCCCCCGAGGCAUUCAGGCGGAUCUCAGGCUGGAGAGUGGCCGAAGGGGUCGAGACGCUGUCGGACAACCUCUACAUAUUCACGGAGGUGGACGCACCUGGACCUGGAAUGCCGACGACAAACGACGGGCGCGGCCCGCCGAGAAAAAGACGAGCCGAGGCCUAG